AUGGAGACCGGGCCCGCUCCCCCAGCGCCGGAUUGUAAAUUCCUGCAGGCAGCGGCCCGGCAGCCUGGGGAGGGGGCCGCGCGCCCGGGCGCGCAGGGGGAGCGGCCGCCACGCCGAGGUCCCAGCUCCGGCUCUGCGCGCUCGCUCUCCGGCUACAGCUCCCCGCGGGCGAAGCUGGGCGUCGGGUGCGAUAGCCCGGGCCGCCCCUCGGGCCGCCGCCCCGCGCCUGGCCGCGCUCCCCACCGCGCAGCCCGGAGCCCCCGCGGGGCGCCUUCCAGUCCCCUCCCCCUCCGCCUCGCGCCCUCCCCGGGGCUGCGACACCCCCGCGGCCCCGCCGCGCGGAGCUCCAGGCCAUGGGCUCGGGGCGCGUCCCCGGGUUCUGCCUGCUCGUCCUGCUGGUCCACGCGCGCGCCGCCCAGCAUGGCAAAGCUGCGCAAGGUAAGGGAGGCGCGGCGCGGGGCUGCGGGGCUGCGGGGCUGCGGGACGGCGGGGCUGCGGGACGGCGGGGCCCGGGCCAGGGCAGGUGCCUGGAAGUGCGUGGCUGUCAGGACCCGGCCCUGUGCCCCGGACUCCCCGGCCAGGGCCGGACCUCGGGGCGCUGCGCGCGGGGCGAAGCGCUCGGAGGAGCCUGGAGGCGGCCGGCAGAAGGGAGCAUGCCCUUCUGCCGGCUUCCCUGCCACCUCUGGCAUCUUCCGCCGAGAUGUGGAUGAAUGUGUGGAAGGGACUGACCAUUGCCACAUUGAUGCCAUCUGCCAGAACACGCCACGGUCGUACAAGUGCAUCUGCAAGUCAGGCUACACCGGGGACGGUAAACACUGCAAAGACGUGGAUGAGUGUGAACGGGAGGACAAUGCAGGCUGUGUACACGACUGUGUCAACAUCCCUGGCAAUUACCGAUGCACCUGCUAUGAUGGAUUCCACCUGGCCCAUGACGGGCACAACUGCCUGGAUGUCGAUGAGUGUGCUGAAGGAAACGGUGGCUGUCAGCAGAGCUGUGUCAACAUGAUGGGCAGCUAUGAAUGCCACUGCAGAGAGGGUUUCUUCCUCAGCGACAACCAGCACACCUGUAUCCAGCGGCCGGAAGAAGGAAUGAACUGCAUGAACAAGAACCACGGCUGUGCCCACAUUUGCCGGGAGACUCCCAAGGGGGGCAUUGCCUGUGAAUGCCGCCCUGGCUUCGAGCUCACCAAGAACCAGCGAGACUGUAAAUUGACCUGCAACUACGGUAACGGUGGCUGCCAGCACACGUGUGAUGACACAGAGCAGGGUCCGCGGUGCGGCUGCCACGUCAAGUUUGUGCUCCAUACUGACGGGAAGACGUGCAUCGAGACCUGUGCCGUCAACAACGGAGGCUGUGACAGUAAGUGCCACGACGCAGCGACCGGGGUCCACUGCAGCUGCCCCGUGGGCUUCAUGCUGCAGCCAGACAGGAAGACCUGCAAAGACAUAGAUGAGUGCCGCUUAAGCAAUGGGGGCUGCGACCACAUCUGCCGCAACACGGUGGGCAGCUUUGAAUGCAGCUGUAAGAAGGGCUACAAACUUCUCAUCAAUGAAAGGAGCUGCCAGGAUAUAGAUGAGUGCUCCUUUGAUCGAACCUGUGACCACAUGUGUGUCAACACACCAGGAAGCUUCCAGUGUCUCUGUCAUCGUGGCUACCUGCUGUAUGGUGUCACUCAUUGUGGGGAUGUGGACGAAUGCAGCAUCAACAAGGGAGGCUGCCGCUUUGGCUGCAUCAACACCCCGGGCAGCUAUCAGUGUACCUGCCCAGCGGGCCAGGGCCGCCUUCACUGGAACGGAAAGGACUGCACAGAGCCAGUGAAGUGUCAGAGCAGUCCUGGAGCCUCAAAAGCAAUGCUUAGCUGCAGUCGGUCUGGCAAGAAGGACACCUGUGCCCUGACCUGCCCCUCCAGGGCCCGGUUUUUGCCAGAGUCCGAGAAUGGGUUCACCGUGAGCUGUGGUACCCCCAGCCCCAAAGCUGCUCCAGCCCGAGUCACCCACCCUGGAAACAGCACCACCUCCAGCUACUGCCAUGAGGCUGCAGCGCUGUCAGUUAAGCAGCGGGCCUCCUUCAAGAUCAAGGACGCCAAAUGCCGUUUGCAUCUGCGGAACAAAGGCAGAGUGGAGGAAGCCAGCAGAGCCCCAGGGCCAGGUGGUACCCCUUGCUCCGAUUGCCAAGUCACCUUCAUCCACCUUAAGUGUGACUCUUCUCGCAAGGGCAAGGGCCGACGGGCACGGACCCCUGGCAAGGAGGUUACCCGGCUCACCCUGGAAUUGGAGGCUGAGGUCAGAGCGGAAGAAACAACAGCUGGCUGUGGGCUGCCUUGCCUCCGACAGAGGAUGGAGCGAAGACUGAAAGGGUCUCUGAAGAUGCUCAGGAAGUCCAUCAACCAGGACCGGUUCCUGCUGCGGCUGGCAGGCCUGGACUAUGAGCUGGCCCACAAGCCAGGCCAGGUAGCUGGGGACCGAGCAGAGCCGGCGGAGGUCUGCAGGCCCGGGCAGCACCGGGCAGGCACCAAGUGUGUCAGCUGCCCGCAGGGAACGUAUUACCACGGCCAGACGGAGCAGUGUGUGCCAUGCCCAGCGGGCACCUUCCAGGAGAGGGAAGGGCAGCUCUCCUGCGACCUCUGCCCUGGGAGUGAUGCCCAUGGGCCUCUUGGAGCCACCAACGUCACCACGUGUGCAGGUCAGUGCCCACCUGGCCAACAUUCAGUAGACGGGUUCAAGCCCUGCCAGCCAUGCCCACGGGGCACCUAUCAGCCUGAAGCAGGACGAACCCUGUGCUUCCCCUGUGGUGGAGGCCUCACUACCAAGCAUGAGGGGGCAAUCUCCUUCCAGGACUGUGACACCAAAGUCCAGUGCUCCCCGGGCCACUACUACAACACCAGCACCCACCGCUGUAUCCGCUGUGCCAUGGGCUCCUACCAGCCACACUUCCGGCAGAACUUCUGCACCCGCUGCCCGGGAAACACAAGCACCGACUUUGACGGCUCUACCAGUGUGGCCCAGUGCAAGAAUCGGCAGUGUGGUGGGGAGCUGGGUGAAUUCACUGGCUACAUCGAGUCUCCCAACUACCCGGGCAACUACCCAGCGGGCGUGGAGUGUAUCUGGAACAUCAACCCCCCACCCAAGCGCAAGAUCCUUAUCGUGGUCCCUGAGAUCUUCCUGCCAUCUGAGGACGAGUGUGGGGACGUUCUCGUCAUGAGAAAGAACUCCUCGCCAUCCUCCAUCACCACUUAUGAGACCUGCCAGACCUACGAGCGUCCCAUUGCCUUCACGGCCCGCUCCAGGAAACUCUGGAUCAACUUCAAGACUAGUGAAGCCAACAGUGCUCGAGGCUUCCAGAUUCCCUACGUGACCUAUGAUGAGGACUAUGAGCAGCUGGUGGAAGACAUAGUACGGGACGGCCGGCUUUAUGCCUCCGAAAACCACCAGGAGAUCCUAAAGGACAAGAAGCUUAUCAAGGCCUUCUUUGAGGUCCUGGCCCACCCUCAAAACUACUUCAAGUACACAGAGAAACACAAGGAGAUGCUACCAAAAUCCUUCAUCAAGCUGCUCCGCUCCAAAGUCUCCAGCUUCUUGAGGCCUUACAAAUAGUGCCCACGGGCCCAGAGACGCAGAUUCCAGAGCGCCGACUCCCUGGCCCUCAGAGCUGGCACCCAACCUCAGACAAGAGCCUGUCCUCUCCUUUUGGAGGAGGACCAUCACUACACCAGGCACUCUCCCCUCCUGUCUUCCUGCUUACCUUGUCUUCUCUCUUCUCUCUCUACUUCUUUCUCACAUGUUCCCUGGAAAAGCCAUUCAGCGCUGUCCCUGUUCCCCCCGAGGGGAAGAAAUAGAACCCUCUCCUCUGCCCAUCUCACCAGCUCACAUCCCCGGCCCCCAUCCGUCUUUGGAAGGGUGCUGGAGGCCCAGAGUAGGACCGGGUCUGCUAGGAAGUGGGGGUGGGGAAGAAAGGCCUCUGCCAUUCUAGGGUUGUGCCCUGCUAGCCAGGGGCCGGAAUAUCCCCACUGUGCUGCCCAGAGUGACUCUUUUACAGCCCAGAGUCCUGCCGAAGAAGCCUUUGACGGAGCAGCUUUAUGCCAGCACGGGCUGCCGGGCACACAGUUUGAGCCCUGGGGUGCCCACACAGUUGGCGUUCUUACCUGUACAGCUUGUCUCACCUGCCUGCCUGCCUGGGGCUGGCUCCAUAGGGUUUACAAGUGCUCCAUACCACUGGGGGGGACCCUGGCUGCGGAGGGAGAGCAACAGGCAUUAUCCUGUGUGCCAGAGCCCCACUGGGGCUCCCAGUGACGAUGCUCCCAGAAAGCUCUGUGGGACAGAAAGCCGUUUUUUUUUUUU